GCCAAACGUCACUCCCCGCCAUCAACCCGGCGUUGCUAUGGCAACGCGAUUGCCCCAGCUAUGUCGCUGCAACCCGCCCCUGCAUCGCGGGUGUUCAUGGAACUGGUUCCCUGGGCUGACCGGGGCCGGGAAAACCACCCGAUCUCGGCCGCAGAGGUGCAAUCGAUCGGCUGCCGCCCCCACGUCGCGCAGGCCCCCCAGGGAGCCCGCGAGGUCCACGUGAGCGGCGCUGCCGAAGUGUCCGCCUGCCCCGACCGGGCGCUGGUGACCGUGCGGGUGAGCAGCACCAAGGAGGUGUCGGCCGAGGCCAAGAAGAGUGUGUGCCGCCGCCUGGACUACAUCACGCAGAGCCUCCAGCAGCAGGGUUUGCCGGCAGAAAAUGUAACUGUGACAAAGGAUAUUAGAAGAGUAGAAAAUGCAUAUUACAUGGAAGCUGAGGUCUGCAUUACAUUUACUGAAUUUGGAAAAAUGCAAAAUAUUUGUAACUUUCUGGUUGAAAAACUAGAUAGCUCUGUUGUCAUCAGCCCACCUGAGUUCUAUCACACACCAGGUUCUAUUGAGAAUCUUCGGCGGCAGGCCUGUCUGGUUGCUGUUGAGAAUGCGUGGCGCAAAGCUCAAGAAGUCUGCAACCUCGUUGGCCAAACUCUGGGAAAACCUUUACUAAUCAAAGAAGAAGAAACAAAAGACUGGGAAGGCCAAACGGAUGAUCAUCAGUUAUCCAGGUUGCCAGGUUCAUUAACUGUACAACAGAAAAUCAAAAGUGCAACCAUCCAUGCAGCUUCAAAGGUGUUCAUUACUUUUGAGGUAAAAGGAAAAGAGAAGAAAAAAAAGCAUCUUUAAAAUUCUAACUAAAACAUAAUGUAUCUACACUUUUAAAUCUGUUUUUAUACAUUUUACAGUGCUUCUUUCUGUCUCGAACAUACAUGCUGUAUGGUAUACUAAUCCUCAGAAAAAUCUGCAACUUUUUGAAUAUAUUCCACAGGAUAUAUAUGAUCGCUUUCUAUUUUCCCAAACACUCUGAGAAAUGCUGUGAGAAAUAAAUGUAUUAAAACAUACUUUUGUAUGCUGAGAAUUUAUACAUUGAAAAUAAAAUUACAAAAAACCCA